CACGAAGGCGAGUGAAGCGAAAUGAUGGCCCGAGCGACGACCGUGGGGCUGGUCGGGCUACGAAGCAGCGGGUGGCGCCAGGUCCGCCACGUGCACCAGCGCCAGUUCAAGUCCUACGAGGCGCUCCGGGCCGACUUUCACGAGUGGCUCAAGAAGGAGGUCAAGCUCGUCUCGCUCUUCCUCGCGACAGGCCUCUCGGUGGUCUUUGCCUACGCCUACCGCGACAACUCGCCCGUGCGGCAAAUGCAGUACAUCUUGGCCGAGGCCACGGCGGUGGCCGAAGGCGGCGACAAGCAGCGCGCGCGCCAGCUCACCCAGCGCGCCUACGCGAUCGCAGGCUCCGUGAGCGACCGCGAGCCCCAUCUGUACGAGCUUGCAUUUUCGAUUGCCGCGCAGUACGAGGCAGCGAGGCAGUUUGACAUGGCCAAAAAGUUCUACCACGAAGCGAUGACGCAUGCGGCGCACGCCAAGCACGCGGCCAAGCACGUCGGUUUGUACCGCAUGGUAACGCUGGACCGCAUCGCCGAGUGCUGCCACAACCUGGGCGAUGUGUCUGGGGCUGCAACGUAUUACCAGCGGGCGCUGGACAUUUACGAGAAGGAUCGGGGCACCGCAAAGGACCAGAUGGACGCCGAGGUCUGCGGUAUCUGGUUCAACUAUGCGCGCCUGUGCAUGGACAGCCGCCAGUACACCGAGGGCGGCCGCCUUCUCCAGAAAGCUACCCAGUGCGCGCGCGAGAACGAUCUCCCAGAAGACAAGCGCGCGCAGAUUCACGAGCUUGCGGCGCAACUCGGCGCCGCGCCCCGUCCGACGUUCAACGCGCUCGUCGGAGGCGGCGUCGACAUUUAG